AUGGGUUGCGGAAUGAGCACAGAGGAGAAGGAGGGCAAGGCCCGGAAUGAGGAGAUUGAGAACCAGCUCAAGCGCGACAAAAUGAUGCAGCGAAACGAGAUCAAGAUGCUUCUGCUCGGUGCUGGUGAAUCUGGAAAGUCCACCAUCCUCAAGCAGAUGAAGCUCAUUCACGAGGGAGGCUACUCGCGCGAUGAGCGGGAAUCCUUCAAGGAAAUCAUCUUCAGCAACACCGUUCAGUCAAUGCGUGUUAUCCUCGAGGCCAUGGAGUCUCUCGAGCUUCCUCUCGAGGACCAGCGCAUGGAGUACCACGUUCAGACCAUCUUCAUGCAACCCGCUCAGAUCGAAGGCGAUGUCCUGCCCCCUGAGGUUGGCAGCGCCAUCGAGGCUUUGUGGAAGGAUCGUGGUGUGCAAGAAUGUUUUAAGCGAUCUCGCGAGUACCAGCUUAACGACUCAGCCCGAUACUACUUCGACAACAUUGCUCGCAUCGCCGCUCCUGAUUACAUGCCAAACGACCAGGAUGUCCUCCGAUCUCGUGUCAAGACCACCGGUAUUACUGAGACCACAUUCAUCAUCGGUGACCUUACAUACAGAAUGUUCGACGUCGGUGGUCAAAGAUCCGAGCGAAAGAAGUGGAUUCACUGCUUCGAGAACGUCACCACCAUUCUUUUCCUGGUUGCCAUCUCCGAGUACGAUCAGCUCCUGUUUGAGGAUGAGACUGUCAACCGAAUGCAGGAGGCUCUUACUCUCUUCGAUUCCAUCUGCAACUCAAGGUGGUUCAUCAAGACAUCGAUCAUUCUGUUUCUCAACAAGAUCGAUCGUUUCAAGGAGAAGCUGCCUGUCAGCCCCAUGAAGAACUACUUCCCCGACUACGAGGGCGGUGACGACUAUGCCGCGGCUUGCGAUUACAUCCUCAACCGUUUCGUCAGUUUGAACCAACACGAGACCAAGCAGAUCUAUACCCAUUUCACCUGCGCAACCGAUACCACUCAGAUCCGCUUCGUCAUGGCGGCUGUCAACGAUAUCAUCAUCCAAGAGAACCUGCGUCUCUGUGGUCUCAUCUAA